AUGGUCGUCAUUGAAUCAUCCAACCGUCAUGCUGAAGCUUCCCGCAAGGCCCUUGCCUCCUUUAAGGAAUUGGCUGCCAAUUUGGAUGGCUGGAACUUCUCGCAAGAAAAGGAAGGUGUCAAGCUUUACACCAAGAGCACGGGUGGUCCCAUUAGCAUUGUGCGUGGCGACACUGUCCUCAAGACCGGCGACAAGUACACUCCUCGCGAAGUGGCUACUGUUGCCACACAGCCUGGUUGCCGUAAAAUCUGGGACGAAAAGUUCGAUUCGAGUGAAGUCAAGGAAAUGUUUACCCAUUUGGAAUCUAUCUUCUGGGUAAAGCUUAAGGCACCCUGGCCCGUCAGCCCUCGCGAUUUUACUGGUGUUGCUUUGCGUGAUUUCGAUGACGACGAAUGCUACGUAUCCAUGUCCUCGGUUGAGGACCCUGCCGUUCCUCCAGUCUCUGGCUGUGUCCGGGGUAACCUUAUCAUUUCGGGCUGGAAGGUUUUCAAGACCGAUGGCGGCAUUGGUAUCACUUACAUCACUCAGGUCGACAUGGCUGGUUCCAUUCCCUCGUCUUUCUUGAAAAGCAUUCAAUUGCAGGUUCCCUUGUGUGCUGGUAAGGUCGCCAACUAUGUCUCGAGCUAUGGAUUCCCUCCAGCUACCUUGACUGCCGACAACGUCACUUACAAGAAAGAGUCCUUUGACCAUGCCAAGCGCGAAUUCGUCGCUCAGGUCGAAGGCAAGGAAGGUGAUAACCAGGUCAAGUGGCUCAUCUCGGGUCAAAUGUUCCCUAACGGUGUCAAGGUGACUCUUGAUGGCACUGCUUCCCACGAAAUCGUGGAUGCUGACGCUCCUGGCAGAAAGUACGUUGUUGUCAGCGGUCUCCAGGGUCUUGUCACUGUCAAGAUCAACAAGGCUUAA